AGGAAAGAUAAAUUCCGACAAUGGAUGGUCUCUGAUGAGUGGAGGAACAAUGCUUGGAACAAUGAGCCUGGCUUCAAGUAUGUUGAUAGUUGUAUGACAAGUUCUCAGUGGUGGGAUGAAGUCAAGAUUGUCUUAGAUACAAUUGGCCCACUCUAUUCAGUACUUCGCUAUGUGGAUGGAGAUGAGGGGACAGUUGCUGGUUUGAUGCCAAGAUUGUUGAAUGCCAUUAAGGAGAUAGAGGUCUAUUUAGGUGAGGGGACACAAAAAUACAAUAGAUACAUGAGAGUAAUUAAGGAGAGGGUUCAAUAUCUAUGAUGACACAUUCAUUGUUGUUGCUGCUGUCCUUGAUCCAGUAGGGCACUAUGGACUCCGACUUCAUGAAAAUAACAAGUAUCUGAGAGCUCUCGAAGAGGCAAUCGAAAGGCUAGCUGAAUCGGUCGAGAGUGGGGUUGAUGCAAUAAGGCAAAUCCACACCUUUAUAUCCUAUGAGGGAAAGUUUGAUGGAAAAUUAGCAAGGGGUGCAGUAGGCAAAAUGGCUGCAGCGGAUUGGUGGGUAUUAUUUGGCGGUGAUACACCUGAGCUGCAGAAGUAUGCCAUUCGUAUUGUUUCACAGUGUGUCUCGUCUAGUGGGUGUGAGCGGAAUUGGAGCACUUUCGCACUAGUUCAUACCAAAGUGAGAAAUCGUCAUGGUUAUGAGAAGUUGCGGAAGCUUGUGUAUGUACGCCACAAUUUAAAGCAACGUCUCAAGCAUGCUGGUGUAGGGAAAAAUCAAACAAAAGAGAAAGAGGCUGAUCCGUGUGCUCUGUUGAUGGAUUGCACACUAUUUGACGAAUCAAACCCAAUCAUGGAUUGGUUGAAUAAGCCAAGAAUUGAAUAUGAUUUAUCUCUUGAAGAAAUGCUUGGUCGGUCAAAGAAGCGAAAAAUUCUUGCUUUGCAGAGGGGUGCUAGGAGGAAAGGUAAGAGGCAUGUUGAGCAUGAAGAAGAAGAAGAAGAAGACUUUGUAGAAACUGAUAAUGACACAGAUGAAAACAUUCCACAUGGCAGCCCUGCUUAUGCUGAGUCUAGUGAUAGCAGCUCAUCAAAAGACACAGACAAUGAAUCAGAGCCUGGGAAUGUAGACAAUACUCUGGCCACACAACAAUUUGAAGAGCAAGCAGAGGACAACAAUGGAAGGGCAAGGCGUGCUAGGAAGAAGAAGAGGGUGGAUGGAUAUGUCUAUUAGCUACAGUCUUGUCUCUCUAGAAUUUAACUAUGGGCUGUCUCUGAAUUUGAACUAUAGACUUUUGAUCUCUUUCAGGCCACUUUUUAUGAAUUAUUAUUAAUUUAUUACUUAUCUAUGUUUCCAGUUAUGACUGAAUGAAACUAUGAACUGGGCUAUUAUGUGGCUUAUUAUGUCUAUGUUAUGUGCCUGUAUGCUAUAUAAACCUGUACUUGU